GUGAUCACGUGACUCUGGUGACGUCAGAUCGGGAGAGACAGGAAGCGGGAUACCGACACCCAGAGCCCUCCUUCCUCAGAGUCCAGUCCAGAGCGGAGCCGCGACCGGGAGCAGGAUGUGGAAAUCUGCAGCCGGACAUUCUCUUUCCAUUUCUGUGGAUGAUGGAGACGAUUGGGACACAGAUCCUGACUUUGUGAACGACCUCAGUGAGAAGGAACAGAGAUGGGGAGCAAAAACCGUAGAAGGAUCUGGGCACCAGGAGCACAUCAACAUCCAUACAUUGAGGGAAAAUGUCUCCCAAGAGCAUCACUCCCUGAGGCAACAAGAGCAGGACGAAGGCCCCAAAGCCUCUCACGGUUAUGGAGGAAAGUUUGGUGUGGAGCAGGACCGCAUGGACAAGUCUGCUGUGGGGCAUGAAUACCAGACAAAGUUGUCCAAGCACUGCUCCCAGUCGGAUUCGGUGAAGGGCUUUGGAGGGAAGUUUGGCGUUCAGACAGAUCGUGUGGAUAAGUCGGCCGUGAACUUUGAAUACCAAGGGAAGACUGAGAAACACGCGUCCCAGAAAGAUUACUCCAGUGGCUUCGGGGGCAAAUAUGGAGUUCAAGCGGACCGCGUGGACAAGAGCGCCCUCGGCUUUGACUACAAGGGCAAAACGGAGAAACAUGAAUCCCAGAAAGAUUAUUCCACUGGCUUUGGUGGGAAAUUUGGAGUCCAGGCAGACCGCGUGGAUAAGAGCGCUGUAGGAUUCGAUUACCAAGGAAAGACUGAGAAACACGAGUCCCAGAAAGAUUAUUCCAAAGGUUUCGGUGGUAAAUACGGCGUGGAUAAAGACAACGUAGACAAAAGCGCUGUGGGGUAUGAGUAUCAAAGCAAGACCGAAAAGCACGAAUCCCAGAAAGAUUAUUCCAAAGGUUUCGGUGGUAAAUACGGCGUGGAUAAAGACAACGUAGACAAAAGCGCUGUGGGGUAUGAGUAUCAAAGCAAGACCGAAAAGCACGAAUCCCAGAAAGACUAUGUGAAAGGGUUUGGAGGAAAGUUUGGUGUACAGACAGACAGACAAGACAAGUGUGCGCUUGGCUGGGAUCACCAAGAGAAACUACAGCUCCACGAAUCCCAAAAAGAUUAUUCCAAGGGAUUUGGUGGAAAGUAUGGAGUGCAGAAGGAUCGGAUGGACAAGGCUGCUGCUACCUUUGAGGACGUGGAGAAAGUGGCUCCAAGUUAUCAGAGGACACGGCCGGUGGAAGCCGAGGGUAACAAAGCCAGCAGCAUACGGGCAAACUUUGAAAACCUGGCCAAGGAUAAGGAACUGGAAGACCGGAAGAAAGCCGAGGCCGAGAGAGCACAGAGGAUGGAACGGGAGAAGCGGGAACAGGAUCAGGCGCGCAAACAGCAGCAGGAGCAAGAACAGGCCAAACCUGCAUCUCCUCCUGCAUCCCCCAGACCCCGGCUAGUGUCUGAAGAAGCCCCGGCGAGCCCUGUGUAUGAGGAUGCAGCUUCAGCGUAUGAGAAGGAGCCAGCAAGAGCCGCGGCUGUACCAGAGAAUGUGUAUGAGGAGCAGGCAGAUUACCAGGAGGCAGUGAGCCUGAAGGCAGAAACUCCAGACACGGAGGCUGUAUACGAAUCGGCAGAUUACCAAGAUGUUGAGAACACCUACGCAGAGUACGAGGGUGACCUGGGCAUCACGGCCAUUGCUUUGUAUGACUAUCAGGCCGCCGGCGAUGACGAGAUUUCCUUUGACCCCGACGACAUCAUUACAAAUAUCGAGAUGAUUGAUGACGGCUGGUGGAGGGGGCUUUGUAAGGAACAUUAUGGGCUAUUCCCUGCUAAUUACGUGGAACUCCGGCAGUAGAACAAGCCGCCAGUCUUCCCUUUUGAGAGGACCCUGCGCUCGGCAGCAGCGGUGGCGCUCCGUUUGGUUAACGGCAAUGGUGCGCUGUCCUGCAAGCUCCUCUCUCGAGAUGAAUUUUGCCAUACGUACCUGAGCUGGAUUCUUACACUACAAAUCAUUGCAUCUCUUUUCUUCCAGUGUUCUGCCGGUGACAGAUUUCCUUUCUCUAUUGUAAUCCUAAGGCUUUUAAUGUGCAGUUAUCUGCUGCAGGCUGGCAAAAUGUAUCUUAAAGGCUGUUAACCCUUUUGCUGCCAGGUGUGCCUUCACUUCAUCGGAAGUUUGACCUAGGCUGAUUAUCGAGCGGUCUCCUAACCAACCCAUCAUAGACGAUGGUGGUUCUGUAUUAAGGGAAUCCAUCUUGAUUUUAAUUCUCGUGUUUUAACCUCCCUUCAUUGUAAGUCAGAACCCCAGGUCUUGUGUGCCAUACGUGUAUCCAGUCAUGGUCGCCGCUCACACCAUCAAGAAAAGUGAUACGGGCUCCUUUAAAAGUGAAUGCGGAACUCUGCACCAAGAUAAUAUCCUUCAGCUUUCUUCGUCUCCCUUUUCCGGUGAAGUUCACUACACUGACGUUUGUUUUUUUUUCUCCAAUAACGCCCGGUUCCUCCAGUAUUACCGUAAUGGCAGACCGCAGAGUGAGGUGUAUUAAAACUGUGAGCCUGUUGCUUUAAGAAAACCUCCAAUAAGGGUCAGAUAUUGGUUUUAUUUGCUUUGAUUUCUUGCAAAGUGGUGCUUCACUUUUAAGGAAGCAUUCUGUGUUACACUCCCCCACUUCUUCCUCCAGAACGCCGUGCACUUCCGGCUAUGAUGAUUAUAUACAAGGGUUAGGAACGAAUGUUUAGCCUUCCGUAGAAUCCAACCAGUGUGGACUUCCAUGGACAGAAAUGGCUUCUCCUUCCCUCAUCUGAUAACUGCCUUUGCUUCCCCUAGGAACAGCAUCACUCUUGUCCACAGGCUAUCUCAGGUACUGCAGCUCUGUCUCAUUCACUUCAGAGGCGCUGAGCUGCAGUACCACACCCAGCCAUAGACAAGAGGGGCGCUGAUUCUAAUCUCAUACAAUAAUUUUAUGACGCCCUUACCCUGAAGCCCAUUUACUGUCCCAGCAGGAUCACCGGGGGGGGGGGGGGGGGGGAGGAGAGUUCUCUGCUACCCCACAGAUUUUUUUUUUAUUUUUUUUAAUAUAUAUUCCCCCCCUUCCCUAUUCUAGUUACAGUUCUUCUGAUUGAGUAAUAAUUAAGGGGUUUUGGACCAAUUAUUUGGGUUUUGGUGGGUCUUACAAUGGGCCCCCUGUCGGGUGUGGUGUAACACAGGACGGGGUGGGAUUUUUUAAUUUUUUUUGUCUUUUAUUUUAUCUGUAUUUUGCAUACUGCACUUCAUUAAUCGAUCAAUGAUUUUGUAAAUGAAGCUUCAAUAAAGUUGUUGUUGUUUUUUUGUUUUUUCUUCUUCAA